ACACGACACUCCCAAUGCUGAUUUAGCGAUUACCGACGCUCGUUGCUAACUCGCGCAAAGGACGCACAAAAAGUAGUAAGCAGGUCGCUAUGCAAUCUCAUUCCGUAUCGAAGCAGCCUUUGCGGAUAGAUUCCAAUUCACGCUCGUAUUGCUCGGCUUGUUCAUUGUAUCGUGCUGUGUUGCCAGAACUUUGAGAAUGCAACCAAGCAAACACGCAUCCGUUGGGGACGUGCUUCGAGUGUCCUCCUCCCCGUACGACGCCGGUUCGAUUUCAGAAAUGGGUCACUUUAUCCGGGAAGCAAGAAAGCUAACGCGCAACAAUACGUUCAUCGGUCUCGAAACUACCAAGGGCGACAGCAACGAACAUAUUCAUAACCUGAAGGAAUCGUUGAAUCGUUGGAGUAGUGCAGAAAAUUUGUCCAGCGAUCGGCAAUAUCGAACGGACAAUAGUGCGGCUCGAGUGGGUGUUAAAAUGGCAACGGUAAUUCCGAUAAAGCCAGAACAAUUCAACAAUGGGUCCGAAAUGGGGGAAGACGAUGCUUCGGAAGCUAAAGAGAAACCACCGGUUGAUCGGCGUUGCAGCAUGAUUCCUUUAAUGUGUCCACCGGCAGGGCGCCCGAAACCGGCACAGCCUCAAGUGGACAGAGAAAAACUGCGAAGAAAACCACCGCUACCUCCACCCAAGGUUCCGGCAAAACAUCAAGAUCCCAUCAAAAUCUAUCGAGCUGAGCGUUUGCAGGAGAAGAAGCUGGACAUGGAGCAACAGUUGGAUGACUUACGGGAGCAGAUCGCGUGCAUAGAGUUAUCCCGUCAACGGGAGGACAACCAUAAUCGUGAAGUGAUUGAUCUCUUGAAGCGAGAGGUCGACAGUUUGAAAUCUACCUGCGACAAGUUGACGGAUGCUGUACAGCGUCUACAGAACGCGGAUGAUUUGUUUCUCAAGAUGAAGCACGAAGGAGAGUUUUCGUUUUACUCUCGUUCGUAUGAGGUGUCCAAAAAAAUUCUAAGCAACACUUUUCGAAGAAGAAGAAGUAACACUACUCGUGCCUCUUGUUUUCAACCGAGCGCCGGAACAAGUCGUAAUACCGAUACGAUGUGCCCUCACAGCGAUCAGUGCAUUUUGAGUGACACGGCAAGCAAUAGUUUAAGCGCGAUCGAGCAGCCUGGCGCCUCAUCCGGCGGAGAUGGAGAUUACAGUCUGUGUCGUGCGAACAGUGCUCCGGAAACCCCAAUGAAUGUAGUGACUUCGCUCUACUACGUUUCGAAGAUACAAUCUAUGGAAAUGGACGACGGCGCACAGGAAACAAACGAACCCGGACCUCUUUUUCCCGUAGACCCGUGCAUCUUACGACAUCGCGGCGUACACGCAACCCUUUCGCCUUCGAAUGUGGACCGAUACACGAUACGCACGCAGGAAAGGAUCGCAAGAAGAAGGCUAGUUUCCUUGGGGCGAUCGGUUGGUCAGUUUGUCCCGGGAUGCCUUAGAUUGACCGUUAGCGAGGUGGUCGAUUGCUCGUGGGAAAAUUUUCUCAACUGGUCAGUGAUUAAAAGGGGCUACAAUUGGGCAUUUCUUUCUAGGACCAGAUGGAAGGUCACUGAUGUCCGAAAACAGAAAGGCACUUUUGUCAUCCUAUUUUUCGGAGUUCUCAAUUAAUCCUUUCAGUGCUGCAUUAACGCUUUUUCCAUCGCCGGGACGUCCAAUUAGCAUACAGACCGGACAUUAGGGACUUCAUCCUGUGUUGUCCAGUGGAAUGUAUCGUGUAGCUAGCUAACUAGGAAAGUUCACACGCUCCCAACCUUUUGCUGACCGACCGUACACUGUUCUACGCUUGACCGUUGACGUCCACAAGAAAACGGUUAGAAGCUUGUGGUUCACUGUCGUGCGGACAAACAUACAGAGGGAAAUGUUUUUCCUCAGCUCGAUCAGAAGUAUCAGCCUAAAAUCGGUUAAAUCCGUUCUUCUAGCGCUGACCCAAAUUGAUGCGCUGUUGUUGCGUUCUAAGUUGAAAUCCGAUGAAACAGUUACGCAACCAAUUAUGAUCCCGUUGGCGGUACAUGUUUCGCCUUAGCAGAGAACUCAUCGCAGGUACUUCAGAAUGGUGUGUUUUCUUUCUUCGUACUUCUGUGUAUUGUGUAUAACUUUGGAGCAAACCGGGAAUGGUUGCCGGGGUGUGUGGAUCCGAUGAUUUAUAUGCGAGGGUAUCGUCGAUACACAUCGCCUAAAGCGUCGGCGAUGUUGAAAUGAAGCAAUUAUGCACUCUGAAAAUCAGCUUGCAAAAAAGAAGGGAGUAGUUGUUGAAAAGCGGCUUCUCUAAGAUGCGUACAUGCGUACAUGCCACCCUAUCUUUCAUCUCUUUAAACCCCAGUACUCUGAACAGCUGAACGUACAUUGCGCGAAAAGAAAUGAAUUGCAAAAAAGGGCCUUAAAAUAAUUCUCGAUUUAAGAGAGAUAAACGUAGCCUAACAUUCAAUUAUUUGUAGCUUCACGAUUCAUCGUCGAUAGCCGCUGGGUUAGGCAUACGUUUCCUGCUGUAAAUUCUGACUUUCUUAGAACAAACGAGGAAACGCUGAACCGUUCAUCCAGAAGGAUUGCAGUACGAAGAAGUACAGUGAAGAUUAAGAUCAAAUGGCAUACACAAGGCAAUGCUGAUCGUAACAGGGAGAGCGAGCGAUAGCCGAGGACGCUAAAAAGGAUGUAAUUGAUUGAUUUAUGAUCACUCUACCAUGAACAGUACAAAGCAAGUACUCGGCAAGCCGUUUGCACCGCAGCACUUGAUCCACAGGUGUUGAAGCCAGCAGAUGCUUCAGAGUGUUCGUUACAAGCUAAACCACCGGCUAGUGUUACUAGCCGAAGCGAAGGUAACCGAAAAUCCGUCAUCACUGAUUUAUCGCCGAGUGGCAAAGAGGCAUAAUUUGAAACAU